ACUUAGUUCCAUAAGGCAGCUCACUGGAGGAGGCGAUUACUGUCCUUGUUGGGAAGUAUCUCUAAAGUACUAUUACACUGACAAAAUGGGAACUCGAGAUGAUGAAUACGAUUAUUUAUUUAAAGUUGUGCUUAUAGGAGACUCCGGGGUGGGGAAGAGUAACCUGCUGUCCCGUUUCACGAGAAAUGAGUUCAACCUGGAGAGCAAGAGCACCAUCGGGGUGGAGUUCGCCACCCGCAGUUUGCAGGUGGACGGCAAGACCAUCAAGGCUCAAAUUUGGGACACCGCCGGACAGGAGCGCUACAGAGCCAUCACCUCGGCGUAUUAUCGCGGCGCGGUCGGGGCGCUGCUGGUGUAUGAUAUCGCCAAACACCUGACAUAUGAGAACGUGGAGCGCUGGCUGAAGGAGCUGAGGGACCACGCCGACAACAACAUUGUUAUAAUGCUGGUCGGCAACAAAAGCGACCUACGGCACCUCAGGGCCGUGCCCACUGACGAGGCUCGGGCCUUUUCGGAAAAAAACACGCUGUCCUUCAUCGAAACCUCUGCCUUGGACUCCACCAACGUAGAAGAAGCAUUCAAGAACAUUCUCACUGAAAUCUACCGCAUUGUAUCUCAGAAACAAAUAUCGGACAGAUCAGCACACGACGAUUCCCCGGGAAACAACGUGGUCGACAUCAGCGUCCCGCCCACCAUUGAUGGACAGAAGGGCAACAAACUGGCAUGCUGCCAAAGCUUGUGAAGCCCCUCCUCCCUAUUCUUUCUCACUUUUGACUUUGAUCAUCUGCCUUUUUGCUGCUUUACUUUACAGGAUUGCUGUGACUGAAGACCCGGCAUUUAUCCGCCUUUUUUACGUUUCAUUUUACACAGAGCUGACUGACCGUGGGCAGGAUUUCCCCGUAAAAUAAUAAUGUGACUUCUAGCUGAAAAUCAAAUAACAAUUGCUUUCAACACAACUGGGCGGUCGGGGUAUGACAUGGCACACCGUUAUCUAUGGAGGUUAAUUUGUGUCUUUUUAUCACAAAAGCUUUUUUUUUUAUGACACUAAAAAUAUGUAACUGAAUUUUUUGCGUUUGAACUGAAUUCUUUUUACAUCAAAUUAUGCUGACAAUUUCAUUUAAAAAAAAUCUGAGUUUUAAAAUUCAGUGUGUAAAAAUGUAUUGGCAAAAAAAUUUGUGCUGACAAAUUCAGUGUUGAAAAAUUUGCUGCUUCAAAAAUCAUGCCAUGUAAUUCAGUAAAAAAAAAAUAGUUUUCUGUUUUAGAGAUGGUCUGUUUCGUUGAUAAAUAUACACAUUGAAUAGGACACUUAGAAUGUACAUGAAAAUUCAGAAUGUGGGAUUUACAAUAUUAACUAUGAACAAUAAAACACUGAAUAUAGAGAAUAUAUUAACGUCGCACCUCAAGUUCCCAGACCACGUACCGUAUUUUUCUGAGUAUAAGUCACACCGGAGUAUAAGUCGCACCUGCCGAAAAUGCAUAAUAAAGAAGGAAAAAAACAUAUAAGUCGCACUGGAGUAUAAGUCACAUUUUUGGGGGAAAUUUAUUUGAUGAAACCCAACACCAAGAAUAGACAUUUGAAAGGCAAUUUAAAAUAAAUAAAGAAUAUUGAACAACAGGCUGAAUAAGUGUACGUUAUAUGACGCAUAAAUAACCAACUGAGAACGUGCCUGGUAUGUUAACGUAACAUAUUAUGGUAAGAGUCAUUCAAAUAACUAUAACAUAUAGAACAUGCUAUACGUUUACCAAACAAUCUGUCACUCCUAAUUGCUAAAUCCCAUGAAAUCUUAUACGUCUAGUCUCUUACGUGAAUGAGCUAAAUAAUAUUAUUUGAUAUUUUACAGUAAUGUGUUAACGAUUUCACACAUAAGUCGCUCCUGAGUAUAAGUCGCACCCCCGGCCAAACUAUGAAAAAAACUGCGACUUAUAGUCCGAAAAAUACGGUACUUGAUCGACAUAUUUUAUAAUCGAGCAAGAACAACAAAGAUGUGACAAACAUGGCAAAACAUAAACGCCAAGGGUAAAAAAACAUCCACUUAUUUCUGAAAAAAUACCAAUGCUUUGCAGAACUUUGUUGUAGGAAUCUUCCUCCGUCAGACACUCGCUAUCAGGCUUUUUUGCUCUGUAAACAAGCCCCACUCACUCUUUUUGUGCCUGGUCUGCAUGAAGCAUAGCUUAUGGUGUAUUAUGCCAAGGUAGCCCAGUAAACUGCCUUUUUAUGCUGUUUGUCAUGACCCGUGUCACGUGACUUCAAACUUGACACCUCAUUGGCUGGUUGAGACGCAGAUCGAUUGCUUCAGUCUUAAUUUACCAGAAAAAGUCUUGCUUUUUGAAGCAGCACAUUUUUCAGCACUGAUUUUUAAUUUUUUUUUCACUGAAUUUCAAAACACAUAACUUUUUGCAAUAACUCAGUAUAAUUUGAUGUUAAAAAAAAAAAAUCAGUUCACAAAAUUGCAAGACAUUCAGUGUCAAAAAAAACUUUCAAAAUUAAGACACAAAUUAACCUCCACAGCUGUGAUCCUUUCUGUCAUCCCCUUACCCACAGUAACUAUCCCACCUCUGUUACUACCUCCAAAUGCUGACAAUUGCUUAGUUGGCUUCAUCCCUACCAUUCAGUCUUGGUGCCGUUUGUACAGAACGUCGGCACGGGGGGAAAAGGGCGUAAAAAUGCCGGCUAUUUCAGUCAAUGUGAAAGGGGCUUGUGUCUGAUGCUUGCUGUCGCUGACUCCAACAUAAGUCAAAUUCCUGUCACUUACGAUCCCAUUGACCCACUGAUGUGAACGCGGUGGCGAGGGAUCUUAGUGAUCCGUGAUUCCUACCUUGUCCUGUACAUGUGACGCGUCAUGCCGCAGUGCAAACCUCAUUUCAUGCCUGCUUGACCUAACUCGUCUUCUCAUGUGCGAGAAUGGAGUGUGCUUAUUUAACCAUACAAUGUGGAUCUCCCCCCCCCUAUUUUUGAGGGGUGAGGAGUUGGCAGGAGACGGGAAGCAGCCCGGCUGUGACUGUCUUGACUCAGUAUGGGCAAAUAUGAAUGAACCGUUCAAUUUUUUUAUAUUACAGGACACCAAAGGAGGGCGGAUGCAAUCAUUAGCACAACUAGCAAAGCUUUUUGCAAGCAUGAUCAAAUGUGAGUAAAUUAGUGUGUUUGUGUUUGUGUUUGUGUGUGUUUGUGUGUGUGUGUGUGUGUGUGUGUGUGUGUGUGUGUGUGUGUGUGUGUGUGUGUGUGUGUGUGUGUGUGUGUGUGUGUGUGUGUGUGUGUA